AUGUGUGCAUUGAAGAAACUGGAAGAGGUAGAUCUUGGUCGUAAUAACUUUGAAGGAAUCCUUCCUCCAUGCUUAACCAAUUUGACAUCUCUUAGGUUGUUAGAUAUAUCUUACAACCGAUUCAGUGGAAACUUGUCUUUGUCUCCUGUAGCCAGCUGGACAUCCCUUGAGCACAUUGAUCUGAGUUAUAAUCUUUUUGAAGGUUUAUUCUCCUUUAGGUUGUUUGCUAAUCACUCCAAGCUUAAGGUGAUUCAACUUUUUAGUGACAACAACAAGCUCGAUAUCGAAAUUGAAAAUCCCAGUUGGGACCCAUCAUUUCAAUUAAAGGUGUUAUUACUGUCUAACUGUAGUCUAAACAAGCCCACAAGUAACAUUCCUAAGUUUCUCUUCGACCAACAUGAAUUGGAAGUCGUUGAUAUAUCUUACAAUAAGUUGAAUGGAAGCUUCCCCAUUUGGUUGCUUGAAAACAAUACUAGACUACAAAUGUUAAGUCUUCGAAGUAACUCUUUUGUGGGUCAAUUUCAUUUGCCAUCAUAUCGCUCCAUGGAUCUUUGUUGGUUGGAUGUCUCUGACAAUAACCUUGAUGGGCAACUUCAAGAAAAUAUCGGAAAGAUUAUUCCAAAAUUAGAAUAUCUAAAUCUAUCCCGAAAUUAUUUUGAAGGUGAUCUCCCAUCCUCAAUUGGUGACAUGAGUAAUUUACAUAAAUUGGAUUUGUCCUUGAAUAAUUUUUCUGGAGAGGUACCAAUGGAAUUGGUUGCCAAUUGCACCAUCUUGAGUACUCUUCCAGUGGUACGCCUAAUAGUUUGUUACCUAGAUAUUAGCAACAAUCACAUGUCAGAAUAUGCGGGGAACCUACUUUUGCGGGGGAACAAUCUCACAGGAUCACUACCAAAGGCUGUUCUCAAUUCAUCAAAUCUUGUGACAUUAGACAUUAGAGAUAAUAGCUUUUCCGGAAACAUCCCUAAAGAAAUUUACAGAUUUUCUAAUUUAAGAGUACUUUUGUUGAGUGGCAACCAGUUUAGUGGUAUGAUUCCAAAGCAGCUCUGUUGGUUAAAGAAGAUAAGCAUCAUGGAUCUUUCAAGAAACUUUUUUUCUGGGACAAUACCAUAUUGCUUUUACAACGUAGCAUUUGGGAAGCUAGCUGCUAGUGAAUUUGUCUACAUAUACUACUAUGGUAUUGGGGGCAGUGGUUUUUCCUUCCCAUAUAAAUCUCUUCUAAACAAGAACCACAUAAUUGAAGGGACAAGUUUUUAUAUCCAUAUACCAGUUGAAAUUGAGUUUUUGACGAAAUAUAAGUCUAACUUGUACCAGGGUCUCAUCCUUGAUAUGAUGUCUACAUUGGAUUUGUCAUUCAACAAGCUAAUAGGUGAAAUCCCACCAGAGCUAGGACGGCUAUCUUCAAUUUUCGCAUUGAACUUGUCUCACAAUCAAUUAAAUGGUUCUACUCCAAAAACAUUCUCAAAUUUGACUCAAUUGGAGAGCUUAGACCUUUCUCACAACAAUUUGAGUGAAGAAAUUCCUUCAGCAUUGACUGAUCUGACGUUUCUCGCAGCUUUUACUGUGGCUUACAACAACUUAUCAGGCAAAGUUCCAGACAUGAAAAAACAAUUUUCAACAUUUGGAGAGAGCAGCUAUGAAGGAAAUCCAUUUCUUUGCGAUGCACCACUAAGGAAAAGUUGCACCUUUAUAGAUGAAUCACCUCCAUCACCACAAAAAUCUUCAGAGUCAGUGUUCUUCAUAUUAAUCCUCAUUGGCAGCAAUGACGCUUCAACUUGGUUGAGGAUCAAUGUGAAAUAUGACUUCAAUGAAUAA